AUGCCGAAGCUAAGCGAACGCCAGCAGUUUCUGCGAGAGAUCACGGGGAUGCUUACUGUAUUUGCGCUAGAGGAAGAAGAUGGAGAUGAUGCUGCAGCUGUAACUACGUCAACGGGUUGUAGUGGCGACGGAGAUGACGAGAACCUUCUCUUCAGUGACGCCGAUGACAAAUUGUCAGGGACCUCCAUCCAAGUCACAAUGAUCCCGUAG